ACCAAAGCCAUAGACAUGUGGGCCACAGGCUGUAUCCUGGCUGAGAUGCUGACUGGACGCAUGAUGUUUGCAGGAGCUCACGAGCUGGAGCAGAUGCAGCUGAUCCUGGACACAGUGCCGGUGCUGAGAGAGGAGGACAGACAGGACCUGCUACAGGUGAUGCCUUCAUAUGUCAGUCGAGGAUGGAGAGUCAAGAAGCCCUUCUCUGAAUUGUUGCCUGAACUGGAUGCUCAGGCUGUGGACUUCCUUGAGAGGAUCUUGACCUUUAACCCCAUGGAUCGUCUGACGGCCGAAGCAGCCCUGUCCCAUGCCUUUCUCCAGCAGUACUCCUGUCCAGAGGACGAGCCCACAUCCUCACACCCCUUCCACAUCGAGGACGAACUGGUGGACAACCUCAUCACCGAGCAGAGCCUCAGCAACAGUCAGGCCUCCAGCAUCCACUGGGAGAGGUAUGAGAACAGUUUAUCAGCAGACGUGUGUUGGCGGCAGUCGGGCGGAAGGUGCCGCUGCAUGCCCCCUGCCCUUGUGACCUCUGACCUUGGUGACACAACGGAGGAUGAGGAGGUCCAGAGGGACCCCCGGGCCAAUUCCACCUCACUGUUAGAGGAGGCGCAGGUGGACCCACGGAAAUAUUCCCACAGCAGCUCAGCUGAACGCUUCCUGGAAAACUCCCACUCCUCUCUGGAGCGGGCCUGUGGUCUGGGGCAAGGGGAUCUGGACUGCGGCCGCUCCUGUGACUACAAAGUGGGCUCUCCCUCAUAUCUGGAUAAAAUUGCAUGGAGGGAGGGCAAGCCUCAACACUACUCAGAGCCUAAGCUGAUACUGGAUCUGUCUCACUGGAAGCGCAACACUAACAUCCUCCCUGAGCCUGCUGAGCCCAUCGGUGGCAGCAUGGAGGACCUGGGAGACACGAAGGAGGAGGAGGCAGAAGAGGAGGAGACGGGGGAUUUGUUCCAGGAGAUCUCUCGCUGGGUACAGAGCACCCAGUCCCAUCUGCACUCGCCCACUCCCAGUCCAUGUUUGGAGCCACAUUCACCCUCCUGCUACACCUUCUCCCCCCCUCUCCCUCUCUCCCCGACUGAUAUCCCAACUCCAGUCUUCCACUACACAGAAGUUGUGCAGCAACCGUCAGCUGAUUAUGAUGAACACAGACUAAGCCCACAUCCAGCUCUUACAUCUUCCUGCAAUUCCCUUCCCUCUCUCCUCCCCACGUCUCCCACCUCUCCCCUUCCUCCUCAGUUAACUCCAACAGUUUCUCCCCCCAUCUCUCCCCUACUUUUUCCUCCCUCAGAAUCUCAGCCCCUCUCCUCUACUUCCUCCAUUUCUCCGCCUUUCCCCAAGGACUCCAUGGAGUCACUUCCUAUCAAGCAAAAGGAUCGUCUAUUUGACCUGGAUGUCUUCAUAUCCCGAGCACUGAAACUGUGCAGGCAGAACAAGGAGCAAGCAGAUGGAAAGAAAGGAAGGGAGAAAGAUGGAGGGUGGAGGGACGAGAGCAAACAGCCGAACAUUAACAGAAAGGUGCCCAGGCUUCCAGAGUACAGGACUCCACCACCACCACACACCCCUAACUCUUGAUGAUUCAUUUCAGCUUCAGGCCGAAAAACAUUAUUGCAUCAUGACGGGCAACAUUUCCAAAUGCUUUACAUGGUGAGUUUGCUGCUUAAACAUGAGACCUGAGUGUUUUCAGCAACUUAUGUUGACUUAAAACUUCACUGAAACAAUCCUGCAGCUUUUAUCAAGAUGUUCUCUCAGGUCAGAAGAGGUCAGACAGCAUUUGGGGUAAAUAUAAAUAACCAUGCUUAUAGCAUUGAGUUGUCUGAUGUGGAGUAUUUAGAAUCAAUGAACUAAUUUACGUUUGCGAAAUGUUUGAAUUGCUAUAAGAUAAAUUUGACUUGAUUUAAACUUAUUCUGGGACACACAUUUCCAACUAAUGACAUCUAGGGAACAGUUAAUAAGAGAUAUGCAGGCUAUUGAUAACUAAUGGAGAGGUAUCACUUGGUUUAGUUUUGCUCUGUUUUUGCUCCUGCUGAGUUUUAAUCGUUCAGUCAUUUCUCAAAAUGUCCGGCUGUCUUCCAAAGGUGAUGUUCACCCAAUAAUGAAAGUGACGCAAGAAAUACUUCCUCCAUGUUUCUCUGAAUGUAUUAACUGAAAGGUAAUCGGUCACAUUAUGAUACAUGGAAAAACCUUGAGGCUUUUUAUUUGUUGAUCCGUCAACAGUAACUUGAUGAGCUCUGUCACUGAUUCAUGCCUUGUAAACUUGUAUAAAACUCUUAUCUUAUUUCAUUCUAUAAUAUAUUUCUUAAGACUAUUGUCUUUUGUUAUUGUGUCUGAAAUAUUUUAGUUUUAUUAGUUGAACGCUUGUUAACUUGGAGUGUUAUGUGUCAUGUGGAAUGCUCUGUUGUUAUAAUUUAUGAUUUGUUCAGCAGAUUGUGCUCUAGUUUGAUUGUUAAUGAUUGAAUAUCUUUUCUGCCUGGAACUGGGGUCAUCAUCUGCUGUUGACCUAACUGUGCUCUCCUCUCUGAAAUCUCAAACAACAUUAUCAUAUAUUUUGGAGAAUGUGGAUCAGCUUAUACAGGAAAUGAUUUGCUCCAACAAGGCAACCAAAUCAGGUAAAAGAUACAAUCUGAAACCGAUGAAGGCCAAUGAAUUGUGUCACAAAUACUCAAUCGUGUGCUUCUGACUUGCCAAAAUAAUAAGGUAGUGGUUGGCAAAUGGAGAUAUAGAAAUUUGGGUUACUUUGGGUUGGGAAAUUUCAUGUUCCGCUUAUUCUGUAGAGGAAACAGUUUCUCUUUUGCUCUGCUGUGGCUGUACACUUUGAGUAAAUUAAGCCUAUAUACAUCAGUCUGUGGGCUGUAAAUACAAAAGGGUGCAGCUACUGGAAAUGUCAGAGGUCACUGACAUGUUAAAAAAAACUUCCAGGACAGAUACACCGCCCCAUAAUUAGAGAAACAUUCAAGCUUCAGUCCAGCAUCUGAGACUGAAAUCUGACGAGAUUUUCUAGUUCAAGUCUCUCAAGACCUCUUAGAUAUCAGCUAAAUAAAACUAGUCCAUAAAAUCCAUGCAAGCCACACUCAGAACACUCUGCUUUUGUUUGCAGGAUUUUAUGUUUUCUUUCCCAGCAGUUUGCAGCUGUUAACAGGUACUACACAUACAACCUUGCUCCCCGAAGUGUGUACUUCCAUUAUAUCCGCAGCUUUUAUACGCACUGUGGCCAACAAACAAAGAAUUUUAGCAGAUCAUCACUUACACAACAUAGUAUGAUUGCAUAAGGAUUGAGCCAUACGGGAGAAAUGGUAACGGUGCAACUUAUAAUACAGCAAAGCCAGGUCUGUUCUUUUAUAUUCAAAUAAGACAUUAAGCACAUUUAGAGUCACUAGCACAUUUAGAAAUACAGGUUUUCCUCAGUCAGUACUGAAACUCCACCACUGUUAAUGUUAAUUUCAAGGUUUUAACCACGGGCAAAAGAUUGCUGAACAAACUGACAAAAGGGUGAAGUGCAAAACUGUCCAUUUUCAAGUCCAGAAGCUUUUAAUUAUUUAUAAAAACAAAUAAAAUCUAUUUUGUUGUUAAACUAAUUAAAAUUAAUCGUUUUUUAACAUAUACAGGUCUAAUGAUCACAUUUUGCUUCAUACAGUUUCCUCUGCAGGUAACCUAAGCCAGCAAUAACACCACUGACUCAUAACACACAGUAACACAUGUGGUUACUGAGCCUGAGUUAAUUCUUUUAAAUGUGUGAAACAAUGUAGAAAAUGUGCCUCUGUACACCUCAAUGCUUCCAGCUUGCUGAAUGUAACAUAUCCUCCUCUCCUGUCUGCAUGGCUUUUCACAGAUAUUCAUAUCGCUCGUCACUUUGUGAAACCGUCGUAUUUUUAUGGGCUCUGAUUUCUUUUGCACAGA